CUUAGUUUACGGUCGCUCGUGUCGGACGCGUACUCGUUAGCCUCCCGAUAUCCCAGUAUCGUCUGCUCCCUUCACAGCUGUCGGCUUCCGGUGGGUCAAUUAGCUGCGUUUGGGCUAGCAACGUUCCGCCACGUUCCCACCGCUCGCGGAACGACCAAUAAAGUUGUGUCAGUCGCCGUUUGCUGCCGCCAGUGCUUUCAAACCCACCAGCGUGCUUCGAUUGGUUGAGUUGAUUGAUUGAUGUGACGAUUUAGUGAGUGAAGUGAUUGCUGGUGUCUGUGAUUUGUGUGCACUACGCACAAGCAAUGGGUGCAAUGUAAAACUGUAGUGCGUCAUCGGGCGAGCUCCGUGCUUUUGCAGUGCUUUACACAGUGGGCUUUGUAUCAGUUUAAACAUGUGCUCGCAAAGUGUGGCAAACAGGAAUGCAAACAAUCAAUGUGUGCAAAAAUAAUGACCACCGUUGUCUUGGCCGUGGACAAGGCUGUGGAUGUGAAAUGCGGGAAAGCAGCAACACACUAACACGGUUAGUGUGGCCCACACCCAGCACGAACAACAGAGCCCAGCGUGCUAGACAGGCGAAAGUGCUCGAGUAGAGCGUUUGAGCUUGAACCCAAACCCUCACACCGAUAACAAGCGGUCAACGCGGUACGGAAAGCAAACAAAAGAAAAAGAAAAGAAAAACAGGGGAAAACAAUCAAAAGAUAAAGAAGAAAACGCAUUUUUCGCCGAACAAAAAAAAAAUAAACCACGAGACCCACUCUUACCACCAUGGACAACCUUACGGCCGAGCUGUCAAACUUUACCGCCGCCCCCACGGCGGACGGGUUCGUGGGGCCAGUGACAGCCGGGCAGCUGGCUGGCGCCGUCAUGUCAACGCUGCUGGUGCAGCUCGUAACGGCAGCAACAAGUAGUUCCCGGACACCGACAACCUCUUUGCCGCCGCCCCUGCCCACUGCCGAGGAAGAACGCGACCAUUACUACGACCCGAAGCACACGACCGGACCCACGCCACCGCCGGCAGUGGGACUGAACGAGACCGAGCCUAAUUUAUGGUUCGUAACCUCGUUAGCUCUCUCUUCCCGAUCUCAGCAGCAACAACAACAGCAGCAACAACAGCAGCAACAACAUCAUCAACAGCAUCUGCACCACACGACGGCGGGAAGUGGCAGCGGAAGCGACAGCAGCACCGGGCUGGGAGAGGUUUCCCCCGUCACACUUUCCACCGAAUGGCCGCGUCUCGCUCGAUUACUGCUGCUGGCCUGCCUAUCCGUCGUCGGCAGUAUCGGCAACGUUUUCAUGAUAUCGUCCGUUAUGAUAGAGGACCAUCUGAAGAAAGCAGGCAAUGCAUUCAUAGUGAACAUAGCGCUCGCAGAUUUACUUAUCACUAGUGUAGUGAUGCCAGCGUCCACCAUCGUCCUGCUGGCUGGCAUCGACAAUUCCGACACGGAAGUAUGCAAAUUUCACUGGUUCUUAGCUGCUUGCUCGUUUUUGGUUAGCAUUUUAACAUUAGCCAUGAUGGCGGUUGAGAACUAUCUGCGCCUUUGCACGUUCCAGAAUGAGCGCGGCUGGUUCAACAAAACCAACACGACGGCGAUCCUGCUGCUGAUCUGGGCGGUGGCCUGCAUCGCGUCCGGCAUGCAGUUCGUGUACGACAUCCGGUUCGACUACUGCAACUGGCGCGCCCGGCAGGCCAGCAUCCCGCACGAGGCGGGCGUAGUCGGGCUGAUCGUGCUGCUGCCGCUGCUGCUAACCUUCAUCACGCACAUCCGCAUCAUCGUGGACGUGAAGCGCACGAUGGCGCUGCCCAACUUUAAGCCGAGCCUCGCCUACACCUGGGACCUGUCGCUCGCCCGCACCAACUUCUACAGCUUCCUCAUCUUCGUCGUGUUUUGGCUGCCGUUCUGCGUCAUCUUUGCGUACGGCACGGCCCGCCUCGUCUCGAACCGCGUGUUCUACACGACCGUCUGGAUCGGGCUGUCCAAGUCCUGCUUUCACAACGUCAUCUACUGUCUCACCAAUCGGCACUUCCGCAGCGCCUACAUCAGCCUGUUCAACUACUGCUGCUGCAAGACGACGGUGGCCGUCUCGCGGCGCCAGCGGGCGGACGGUGGCAACCGGCCGACCGCGGACGUGCGCGUCCACAUCAUACCCGGCUACAACAUGUACUCGUACACCAGCCCGCAGCGCUCCGGCAACUGCCACGGCCACUGGGGCAAGCGGGACUGUCACGAGUUAUGAUCGGAAACGUAGCUAAAUUAAUCGAACCGUACCGCUGCCCCGGUCGGGGGCUGUGCGAGUUGCGCGGGUCGAUUAAUUUAAAUGCAAGAGUGGAGGGGAGGGGGCGGACAGUCAGGUCAACGGCCCGAUUGUGGGUGGUUCGGGGGAUUCCGAUCGAUUUGUUUCGACCGGUUCCGAGGCGAGAGAAGGCACGGAGCUCUUAUCGGUCUUCAAUUUUAAGGGAUUACAGUCGUGGCGGUUGCUUCGGAGGGCGUGCGAACAGCGUCAGCUGUUUGUAUGGACAUUGGCUGCGGUUGGUUUCUUAGCGAACCCUCUCGAAUGGAGAAAUGGAGAACUAAAAACAGAUCAGUAAUUUGUGCUGGGUGGAGCUUUUAGUAAGGCGGACCGGAUUUUCCACACACACACACCCUCUGCACCAGCAGCUGGUAGGUUCUCACGUGCUUUCUCACGUAUGAAGCUAUUAUUAUCCUUACUCUAGAGCGUGUUACGCCAACCGUGUCCCUUCAUUAAGAGAUUACACACCCCUUCUUUAGUUUUGUUCGGGCAGCCUGAGACGGACGCGUGAUGGUUCAUUACAUUUUAAAACGAAAUUGAUUUUGGUGUCGUUUUAGGCGAUAAUUAUUUAAGUCCGGAGCGAUUGGUUUGGGGGCGAACAGCCACCUCAUCGCGAAGACAGCAGGGGUGGAUAACUCAUCGCGAAGACAGCAGGGGCCUAAUCUUAUCCAAAGUUUGUGCUUCUCUUAACUAUUAACUACUUUACAAUGCGUUUCUACUUUCAUUCUUAUCCUACAACACGCUUCGCUAAAGCACACCUUGAUCUAACCGCGUACUAACACCGUUCACUUGUUCCUCUCUACCGUAAUGUCCACAUGAAAACGCUUACCAACAACACAUAAAUGGGGCUAACAAAUCGAUGUUUUUUUGUGUUGAACUACUACCUGUCCGCACUGUGCUGUGUGCGGGGACGAAUGUGUACUCAUUAAAAAAUGAAACGACAAGCGGAAUGAAUGCUUAUGCUAACAAACCAGAGGGGUUGAAUUGUGUUGAAAAAGAGGGACUUUGGAACAGUCGUACGAUACGAGGGCACAAUAAAAGAAUGCAAAUAGAAGGGAAUAAAAACAUAAAUACACACACAAAUACACACUUAUCAUAAUGCAAACUUGAUUGUUCAUGUCGUCGCCACACGUAUGCAGCAGCGGGAUCGGCGAUAAAUGUUUCCCGACACUACCUACACUGCGUCCCCCGUAGUUUCUUUGAUUGGCCAGCUGACUCGUGAGAGGCUAACACUGUUUUCCGGCUCAGGUUAAAAAGGGUCUUGCGAUUGUUGAAUAGUGCCGUUCACAUUAGAAACUGGAACCCGGAAAACAAUGUAUGGUAAAAUCAAUAAUUUCAUUUAAAAUGAUAAUUUUUAAUGAUUUUUAACAGUAUCUAAGGCGCCAGUUAGGGUCAGUUUGUAUUCAGGUCCGUUGUCUUUGGUGGUUGUUAGUUGCCAAUGUAUCUAAAAUUAUAUUUUAAUUUAGUUUUUCUUCAACCACUAGUAACCUUACAUUUUUUGGUUUUAUGUCUAUAUGCUUACAUACUAUUAAAAUACAUAUUUAAUUUAAAAAUCCACAGCACCAUUUCUUGAGGCUCAUUUAGUGAUUUAAUGAAAAUGAACAUGAAACAUUGGUUUUUGAUGAUAUCUCGAAAAAGACCCAAGCAAAUGUUGAGGAAAUGUAGAGAUAUUCUAUACCUUAACUACUAACUCUAUUUUCUACAGUAACAUGGUACAUAAAUCAUAUUUUAUUUUGCCAUUCUCCGCUGACGCCACACAUUUCGGCGUCCGUAGUGUACACAUUUAAAAUUUGUUGUGAAGAAAUGUAACAGAUAGAUUGAAUAAGAGUUUAACGCUUUUUUAUGAGUAAAUGUAAAACAUAUCAUCUUACUUUAACUUACAGAGUGUCUCAAUAACUUUGAAAUAUUUAUCACACUUUUUUAAAUACUUCCUACGUAUUAUUGGCUUUUUUAAUGGAAAAAUGUUAUAUUUGAUUAAAAAAUAUAGCAAAAACUGUGUGCUGUUUUUGCAUAAAGUAUGCUCUCAUUCUUUAUUAUGUUUUAUAUUAGAGUUGUAUUACCAUCGGUAGCGCUGUUGAGCUGUCUGAGGUCGGCAAAGAAUCGUGGAAUUGCUAAUUUUGAAAUUGUUUCAAAUUUAUUACUUUCCAAGAGUAUUCAUAGUUACAGAUCUCUCUUCAGAUCUUCAUGGAAAUACGUUGCAGAAGUUUGUUUUACAACACACAAGAGGUUAAAAAAACAAUGUCUAGUUUCAGUACAGUUCUUUAGGUUUCAUCCUUUUUCUUGUAGAAGUUUGCCAUCCCCGCGAGUUUCUAAGUAUCAAAUUGCUGGUUCAUCAGAGAUGUAUGAAGUACCUAUGCUAUUCCAUUCGUAAAUUACAUUUCUCAUUUUUCUCCUCACUUUUAAAAGACAGGAUACAUAAUUUGCCGAAAAAAACACAACUUGCUCGGUAACUAUUAUUUUUUAUUCGUUAAGUUCAAAACGCCAACAUUAAUUUCAAAAUGUUACAAUAUUUAUUCGUUAUUACAUACUUCAAAUAAUCCUUGUGGUAAACAUUUUUAAAACACUACAACGAAACAGGACAUGGAAAUUUAAUUUAAUAUUAAUAGCACAGCCAUCGCCAUCCUGCUUUCUGUUGCAUUAAGCGGCCACAAUGUAACUGGACGCAGUGUAUCAAUACAGCUACUACUUAAACUACUACUACUACUACUACUGUUACUUCUACUAUUACUACUGUUACUACUACUAAUAAAUGCCCGCCACCGUAGAUUUGAUGUUUAAAUGUGACUGGCUCGUAACCAAUUGAAGCGUAUAGGGCGGUGUGAUGUGUGUAACUCACGCCCUACUAACUGUGAGCAAAUCUCUUAAAACAUGCCCUAACAAUUUGAUGUAACUGUAAUUGAAACGUUUAAAGGCGUACAGGUUGAACUAUAUGCUCCGUGGGAAUAAAUGAGGUAAGCAUAUGGAAAGACCCAUGUAUACAAUAAAUUCUACCCCUUCUAAUAUCAACGCUGAGGUGUUCGUGCGGUACCGGGGUGAAAAUAGAAACAGUAAAACAGAUAACAAUAAUUUCUGGAAAAGUAAAUGUACACGAUAACCCCAAGAAAAACCAAAGACUUGCACGCACUGAAAAGCUGGAACGUAGCAAUUGACUAGUAGGCCAACCAAACCGCAAAAUAUACUUAGGAGCAUGUGAGUAGCUAGCCGUGACAAUGAUAGGCACAAUGAUCGCGAAAUAAUUAAAAAGGCCAGCCGAGCAUAGCUAACUAUUUUAAAGGGUAUAUAUACACAGCCACACAGAACUGUUGCAACAUAAAGCCGUUGGUUUUUUUGUACAUAUACAUACUAUAUACACUAUACAACUAUAUAAUGUAUACACCCAUACAUAUUAUACAGAUAUAGAUGGAAGUAUAUACCUAGAGCGUGGCCGAGUCCGAUGUAUCCUUGUGUUUGUAGAGCUAAAGCUAAAACAUAACCGGUGUGAUUGUUCAACUGAAAACCUUACAGAUAUUGACGUAUUGACGUAUAUUGAUUGUGAUGCAGGGCAAACCCCGCCACAACUGAAACUUAAAUAUCAAACACUAUCGGAACGGAGCGAAGAAACAGAGCACAAGAAGAACACAAAAGCACGACUGAUCCUCUUCUACUAGACAUGCCCAUGAGAGGUGGGGAAGCAAACGAUUCUAAUACAAUAUAGUGGCCCUGCAAAAAGAGUGAAAACUGGACAAAUAGAACCAGUACACGCCGUACGGCAGAAUGGAAAACCAAUACGACUCCAAGGGAACAAUAGAAAUGAACUUAUGUUGAGACGACGUAGCGUACCGCGUAGGUGGGAAACUGCAUCUGUGCAGUUCAAUAAUGCAAGGCGUGCGCGCACACCCACUCACACGCUUAUACACACGGUCUAAAGUGGCACGAUGGUGGACAAAUAAUGCUACCUUCCUUUUGUUUGCCCUUGAGCCGUUCCUUCGUAGCCGUUACGUUCCGCCGAUGACUAACAUGUAUGCAAACAGUCAAAGUCAUUCGUUGUGAACCGCGGAAUCGAACUGAUACCCUUUUAAUGGUUUUAUUUUCGCAACAACCCUUCGUUCCCUUGCUCUCUUUUCGAAGACAAGACGUCUUGCCUGUGUCCUUAUCGAUGUUCCUGAAAUGAAAAAUGCAACUUGUUCCUUGAACGUUGGCGUCCCUUUGCGAAGUUUCUUCUGUUUUCCAACAAUUAAACAAAAAUCGUCCACCAUCGAUUGCCGCCGGUCGGUUAGGUCGGGGGGAGUUAACGUUACGGUGGGUGUUUUGUAACUGUGGUGUUUUGUGUACCGUGUCCGUGUCCGUGUUUUCUGCAGUUUUAAAUUGCCUUUCUCGAAUACACAUGAAUAGCUGUGAUGAUGAUGAUUAUAACACGUUUACCUAUAAAUAACCGAAAGCUACUAGAGCGGGAACCGUAUAAUACAGAGGAGGGGGAAAAACCGGCCAAUAUGUGGUUUAUGUUAACCGUUAACCGUCGCCAGUAGCUCGACGCACUCCAAAAAUGGCUGCCAAGCCGCCAAAAACAUGGCAUGCACGUCCGACAGGAAAAUGGUUCCUUCCCGGCCAAGGAUUGAGGUAAUUAAAGGUAGGCUCUAAGUCUGUGAAUGGAACAAAUUUUAAUUGGCUUGGUGACGGUAGGACCGGUUCCCGAAACUGGCCCCAUAAAUAUACCGAAGGAGUGUAUGUGUGUCCGUGUGUAUGAAUGUUGGGGAAGUAUAUGUGUAAAAUGUAUUUUAAAUAGAUUCGCACUUCACAGCGGGAAAGAACAUUAGAGACAGAGCAGUAUGAAGCAGCGCUGGGCUCGAGUGCCCGAACGAAUAAAACUAUCAUCAAUACAAUACCUAGCUGUACGGAGCCUGCCAUGUGCCACCGUCUCGUAUCUUGUUAAUCAAAAACAAAACAGAAAAACGAUGUAAUAAAAACCCGUUCCAAGCCGGACGAUUACUGAUGUAUAAGGGAA